UUGGCUAUGCGGCAGGAAAACACGGAAGCUGAGCAUGCUGCGGCUGCUCCAUGGAUUAAACCCUAGCACGAACCUAACCCGGGUUAAAGUCGAGCUCUACCUGGGUUAAAGUCUUCUCCCGGGUCGGCUUGAUGUCGGUUCUGGUUCCGGAUCUUUUUCCAGAACAGGUCGUUGCAGAAACUCGGUUGAACUGUUUGUGAAGCGGGAGUUAGCAUCAGUUAGCAUCAGUUAGCAUGUUAGCUGCGGUCCCGAGCUGCAGCUGAGGUUCACCGUCCCGGGACAUUUGUUACUGUGGAGCCUUUGUGCUUUAUUCUGACAGUCUGGUGUGUUUCCUGUCCGGCCGGUGGGAUGUCCGUCAUCAUCCACACGCGAGGCGAGGCGGGGGGGGGCGUCGCUGCUCACCUGCACUGCUCCCACUGCGGCCACUUCUCCAAGAGCCACGCCCAGCAGCUGUCCCACAUGGCGGCGGCCCACCCCAGCUGCCUGGACGAGGAGGUGGUGGGUCGACUGGGAACCAUCCUGAUGUACCAGAGCACCGCCCGCCUCUUCCACUGCUCCAUCUGCUUCUUCACCUGCAAGGACUUCACCAAGCUCUACAAGCACAUCAUCUCCAAGCACUGCAUGGACGACAGGGAGGGGGGGGACCAAGGGGAGGAGGAGAAGAAGGUGGGAGAUGGAGGUGAGGAGGAGGAGGAGGAGGAGAAGAUGGGAGAGGAAGGUGAGGAGAAGAAGAUGAUAGAGGAAGGUGAGGAGGAGGAGAAGAAGAUGGGAGAGGAAGGUGAGGAGGAGGAGAAGAAGAUGGUAGAUGGAGGUGAGGAGGAGGAGGAGAAGAUGGGAGAGGAAGGUGAGAAGAAGAAGAUGAUAGAGGAAGGUGAGGAGAAGAAGAUGGGAGAUGGAGGUGAGAAGGAGGAGGAGGAGGAGAAGAAUAUGCGAGAGGAAGGCGAGGAGGAGAAGAAGAUGGGAGAGGAAGGCGAAGAGGAGGCUCUGAAAAGAAGGAGGAGCAGUGAGGAGGAGGUGAAGGAUGAGGAUGGCGCCCCUCAGGAGUUGGAGUCAGAGAAACCCGACGGUGGAGGAGAGGAGAACGUUCUGACGUACGACGGCAGCAUCUACCGCUGCCUCAUCUGCGGCUGCAGGAACAAGCUGAAGGUCGUGAGCGUCAACCACGUGAUGAAGAAACACGACAUCCCCAAAGCCUACGCCUCUCAGGCCAUCAGGCGGGACGUGGUCACGCUCAGGCAGACGCUGAGCAGCACGCCGGAGGAGGACGAGGCGCUGGGGAUGACCGGAGAGCUGCUGAACGAGGAGAUGAAGGCCACGGCCAAGCUGGUGACCUUCACCUCCAACCGCUUCGUGUGCCUCAUCUGCGGCUGGAAGACCAAACUGAAAGGUUUCGUCCUCAGCCACGUGGCGCGCAGCCACGACGUGGAGCGUCCGUACGGCUGUCAGAUCUGCUCCUCCUCCUUCUUCCUGCCCAGUCGCCUGCAGCAGCACGUCCGGACGGCUCACCGGCCCGGCCGCUACGCCUGCCCCUUCUGCUGCUUCAGGUCCCACUACCUGGGCGGCUUCAGGAGGCACUGCAGCCGCUGCAACGCCCGGGAGGGGGGGGAGCUGGGCGGGGGCGGCCAGAGUGGGGGGGCACCAGGAGCACAAGGAGGGUGA